AUGGGAGGCUUUGGGGAUUUCACCACCAUUUGCGAGACGGCCCCUUUACCGCUCUGCGCAAAUGUCGGGCCCAUCACGUCCAUUUCUAGCGGCGUGGGCAUCGAGCCCGACUGCUAUGCGCGAAACAUUGAGGUUGCCAACACCAUCAUUUUCCAGGGCGCCUCCAGUUUCAUGCACAUCAUUGCCCUCAUCAUGACCGUUGUCAUGAUUCUUCACAUCCGCGGCAAGUUCACAGCCGUCGGCCGCAAGGAGAUUCUCGCCUUCUUCUACUUCUAUAUGCUUCUCAGCUUCUUCUCGCUCUGUGUCGAUGCCGGUGUCGUGCCGCCGGGAUCGGGUCCCUACCCUUACUUUGUCGCCGUGCAGUCGGGUCUCAUCUCGUCGCUCAUCACAUGUCUUCUGAUCAAUGGAUUCGUGGGUUUCCAGCUAUACGAGGACGGCACGCCACUGUCUGUAUGGCUGCUCCGACUGACCUCUUUUGUCGCAUUCAUUAUAUCCUUCCUCGUUUCCCUAGCUACAUUCAAGUCAUGGGCUGGCCUUGGCCCAACCAACACGGUCGGCCUGUUUACUGUCCUGUAUCUCUUGAACGCCAUCCAACUAGUCAUCUACUUUGCGAUGCAAGUUGUCCUCGUUGUGCGUACACUCCAAGAUCGAUGGCCUCUGGGCGACAUUGCCUUUGCCGUCAUCUUCUUUGUCAUUGGCCAGGUUGUCUUGUAUGCCCUGAGCUCGACUAUCUGCGAAGCCACGAGCCACUAUGUUGACGGACUGUUUAUUGCGACAACCUGCAAUCUUUUGGCUGUCAUGAUGGUUUACAAGUAUUGGGAUUCGAUUACGAAAGAAGAUCUUGAGUUUUCUGUUGGCACGAGGCUCAACAACUGGGAAGUCAAGGAGCUAUUGCCCGAGGAUGAGCGACGCACUACCAUCUAUGCUGAUGAGCCUAGCCCUUAUGGCCAAUCCAGUGCUUAUGACCGUGGAUACUCGCCAAACAGCAACAACCGAAUGUCUAGAUAUUAA